GGAGAACGUGGGUCUCGUGGGCGGAAGUGCGUCCGGAGCCAUAGUGGCAACAUGGUGGCCACCAGAAGAGGAACACGCGCAGGUUCCCCGGUGAAAAACACCAGCGAUGAAAACUCUGAAAACGCUAAGAAGCCUACUCCUUCGACUAGAAGAACUCGACGCAAGACACUGACGGAGGAAAAUCAGUCCCAGUCGGAUUCCCAGCCAGAUGAGCCGAAGGAUGACAGUACUGCCUCUUCCCUAGCAAGUCCACCUAAGAAAGACACUAGAAGAUCCACACGUCUCACUGUUAACAAAAAGCAGCCAGACUCUACUCAUGAAGCGGAUGUUUCUGAAUCAGAAUCCUGCUGCUCUGUAGCUUCCGGUGUACAACCCACACCUAGAACCCGCCGAAGAACUGCAGUCAGAGACAAGCGCACCAUUGAAGAGGAGGCAUCCGAAGCUGAAUCUUGCUCCUCGGCAGCAUCAGCGACCCAUUCCCGCACUGCCCCACGAAGCCUCAGGAAACGAGUUUUGACUUCAGCUUCCGCAAAAGAUGCAGAUGCCUCUGGGGCUGAGUCUUGCAGUUCUGCGGUGUCACUCACCAAAGGUACGGACACUCAACGGAUGACUAGGAGUCAUCAAAAAACUGCUGUUCCCACCAGAGAUGCAGAUCAGUCUGAACCAGAAUCAUGUUCCUCCAGUGUUUCUGGCCUUCGUGGAUCUGUGGUGCGCAGAUCUACACGAAACCAGAAGGUGACAGUGACCGAGCCGAUCCCUUUGAACUUAGAAGAAACUACAGACGCCCCUUCUUCUCCAGUGUCCAGGAAGCCUAGAGGGCGUAGGCGAAAAACAGAAGGUAAUGAUGAUGAGUCUGAUGGAUGCAAGUCUGGUCCCAGCAUGAGUCCCUGGAGAUCCCUUAGGCGCCAGCCAAAAGGUGACACCAUAGUUGGUGAAUCUGAUUCAGAAUCGGUAGCUACUGACGUCUGCACCUCUCAUGGGAGUCCAAGCCCUCAAAGAGGAAGAGGAACACCUUGUAGUAGCCGAACUGGGUCUGCAAGCAGCAACCGUGCUGUUCCUGCAAGCAGGACGAGAAGUAAAGCUAAAGUGAUUACUUCUGCCAUGUCUGAGGAACAAAGUGAAGAUGAGCAACUUGUAACUCAUCAUGAAGGUAUUCAAGCACCUGAAGAACAACUGGAUCAAACCAUGACCAUGGAAACCAGUGAAGCUCAAGAGAGCACCAUGAUUGAGGAGGGAGCUGAAGAUACUACUAUAGUUGAGGAUGAGCCUGUUGAGAUGCUAGAAGUUCAAAGCAGCUCAAAAGAAGUCAAGAAGAUAGAGGAUCAUGGAAUUAUCAUGAAAGAAACAGGAACUGAAACUUCAUUAAAGGAAGCCGAGUUUAUGGAAACACUUUCAGAGUCCGUAGUAGAAGCCACCUCAAAAGUCCCAGAGAAGGUUGACGAGGCCAUUGAGGAUCAAACAUGUGCUGAGCCUGUAAAAGAGGAUGCCAUUCAUGAAGAUGCAGUCAUGGUUGAGGAUGCUUCUGAGCCUGAAAAAGCAGGAUCCAACCAAAAAGAUACAGAGAUGAUUGAAGUUCAAACAUGUCCUGAACCUGCAAAAGAGGAAACAACUGAAGAAGCUUCAGUCAUGGUUAAAGAGGAUGCAGAGUUUCAAACAUCAUUAGAGCCCUCAAAAGAGGAAACCAUCCAAACAAAUGUAGCCCUGAUUGAGGAGGCUCAAACAUCAGCUGAACCAGCGGAAAAGGUAAAAGUCACUUCAGACGAUCCAGAACCAGCCGUGAUCGAGGAGAAGAAAGGUGUGACGGUUACAGAGGAAUCAAAUGAAUUGAUUAAGACAACUGAUGAUGACUCUGAUGCUGGCCCUUCUACAAGCUCAAAUACUCGAGUAGAUUUGAGCACCGCAGAAGAAUCAUCCAAGGAGCACCCUGCUCAAAAAGAAAUGAUCAGUUUACUGGACAGCAGUGAUGAAGAAGAUAGUGGUGACGAAGGUCUGUCUGCAGAAGAAGAGGGCGGUUCACAGGAAGAUGAAGAUGAUUUAAUUUGUCCUGAUGAUGAACCGAUGCCAGAAGAAGCAGAGGCUCAUGGUAAUGGACUGUUUGUCAUAGACACUAGACCUGGGCUACGACCUGAAGACCAGUACUAUGUGGAUGCCAAGCAAACUGAGGAAGAGGAUGAGGAGGAGGACUAUGUUGACGAGGAAGGAGAUGAUGAGGAUGAUGAAGAUUCAAAGGUGCUUUUUGCUCCCAAAAAGCCUCUGAUGCAACUCUCUACUUCCAUUGACACGGGUUUGAAAUUGAAGGAGCUUGGUGGUUUGUACGUCAGUUUUGAUGGCAACAAACCAAAGACUCUUUCCAGGGUCUUGAAGGCCCAGAAGGACGUGGGCGGUCAGGAUGAGUUGUUAAAGAAGAGUGUUAUCAUUCCGGGUUUUGAGAAGAUGGAUGCUGUGCCACCGUGCAGGGAAUCAAAGCACGCUGCUAAACUCAAACGCAAGGCGGAAAGAGAAAAGACGACUGGCGAUGGCUGGUUCAACAUGAGAGCUCCUGAAUUAACAGAGGAGCUGAAAAAUGACCUGAAGGCACUGAAGAUGCGUGCAGCCAUGGACCCCAAGCGCUUCUACAAGAAGAAUGAUAGAGAAGGCUUUCCAAAGUACUUUCAGGUUGGCACAGUGGUUGACAGCCCUGUAGACUUUUAUAAUUCACGAAUGGCUAAGAAACAAAGGAAACGUACCAUUGUGGAGGAGCUUCUUGCUGAUGCUGAGUUUAGAAGCUCUAAUAAAAGGAGAUAUCAGGAGAUCAUGGCAGAAAAAGCAGCACAGGCCGCUGGAAAGCAGCACAGAAAGAAGCACACAAAGUUCUCUAAAAAGAAAACAAAUAAAUAAUUUCAUGAGGCAAAUCAGAUUAUUUUUCCCUCUUAUGUUUUUUUAUUUUUAAUAAAAAAAAAAACAUUUCAAGAGAUUGUCAAGCUUUUGUAAAUAGAAGCCCACCAUAUUUUGUUUUAGUAAAUUUCUGAGAAGGUUAUUUUGGUAUUAAUGUGCAACUUGUACAGAGAAAGUAAAGAAGAUUUUAUACUUUUUAAAGGUUGACUUUCACUUGGCUUAAGAUUACGUCGAGAACAUCUGUCAGAAUGUGGAAUCCCAAUAAAUCUUCCAAUACCAA